AUGACGCCGAGCCCUGUGGACUUGUCAAAGAUUGACUACAAAAAGUUGCUGCGACGGAGCGUUCCUGGUAAUGGCCCCUUUAUGGGAAUGCGCUAUCAGCGUGGCGGAAACCAGCGUGGUGGAGGUCUGGGUGGAAUAAUCGGAGCGGUUGCCGGACUACUCCCAAAGUUGCUGAGUUCGGUUGCCGGCCAACAACUGGUGAGUGCAGGCAAAGAGUUGGCGUCGGAACUCGCUCAAGGCCAGAGCUUGAAAGCCAGUCUCAAGGGUGUGGCCCAGAAGAAGAUGCGUGAGUUUGCCGGAAACGGACGCCGCCGUGGAGCGCUUCAAAAAAGGAUAAAAGGAGGAGUGGUGACCGUUCUGAAGCCUCACUUGGUCUCAAAAACACGCCGAGACAACUUUCUCUAA